GGUCAUCUUGAGAGGCAACCUCUGUUGCUCCGUAACCUUCACGGACCUAGCAGCGCAGUUUACGAUCUUCUGUGCUCUAGAUCUCACACAAGGAUCGACUGGCGCAGCACAGAAUGCCCAUGAAGCGUUCAGCAGAAGAUUCGUACUACCCGUCCAAGCGAUCCAGGAAAGGCAAGGACGACGACGAGUACAUAAAUAUUGAUGAUGAUGACUACGCGGAGCUGCAAUCACCUCCAGAUACGUCUCUUGUACCUCGAGGCGCAACGAUCAAGUUCAGUGCCCUUACGCGCAAGCUAGCGGAAGCGAAGAAGACGAAAGGUGCCGAGGAUGGGCAGAAUGAGGGCAGCCUUAGCCAGCACCGGCGGCAACAAGACAAUCUCGUUUCACACAUAUUCAUGGACCAGGAUUUCUCGUGGUUGCACCUGAAAGCUGAUCACGCAUCGCGCCCACUUUGGAUCAGCCCUGAGGACGGUCACAUCAUUCUUGAAGCGUUUUCUCCCAUUGCGGAGCAGGCGCAAGACUUCCUUGUUGCUAUUAGCGAGCCUGUCAGCAGACCGGCCUUCAUUCACGAAUACAAGCUCACUUCGUACUCGCUAUAUGCUGCCGUAUCCGUCGGACUACAAACCGAGGACAUAAUAGAAGUGUUGAACCGAUUGUCGAAGGUGCCUGUACCGGAGAGCAUUGUAACCUUCAUCCGGGAACGGACACUGUCUUACGGCAAGGUCAAACUCGUGCUGAAGCACAACAAAUACUAUGUCGAAUCAUCACAUCCAGAGACCCUGCAGAUCCUGCUGAAGGACAAGACCAUUCGCGAUGCCCGUGUCCACUCCCAGCCCACCGAUAACAGCAUCAAAGCCGCAACGUUUACCACUUCAAAAGCGCCUGUUAAGGGAAACCUUGUCAUCCCUGGUGCUAGAGAGGCUGAGAAGAAGAAGGAUGAUGUUGCUGCAGGCAAGGGAACUGCGGCCGCCGGUCGUACUAAUACGGAUGCCGAGCUGUUCACUUCCGUUGUCGGUGUAGACGCUGAUGAGGUAGAUGAGGACGACGAGAACGUUCACGCCUUCGAGAUCGAUGAUGCAAAGAUCGACGAUGUGAAAAAACGGUGUAACGAGCUCGAAUACCCAAUGCUCGAGGAAUAUGAUUUUCGAAAUGACACGGUCAAUGCCAAUCUUGACAUCGAUCUCAAGCCCUCGACCGUCAUCCGACCAUAUCAGGAAACGAGCCUGAGUAAGAUGUUCGGCAAUGGCCGUGCGCGUUCUGGCAUCAUUGUCCUACCAUGCGGUGCGGGUAAAACCCUUGUGGGCAUUACCGCAGCGUGUACCAUCAAGAAGUCAUGUCUUGUCUUGUGCACUUCAUCGGUGUCCGUGAUGCAAUGGAAGCAGCAGUUCAUGCAGUGGUCGAAUGUCACCGACCGCCAAAUUGCCGUUUUCACGGCCGAUCAGAAGGAAAAGUUCGCCGGCGAUAGUGGAAUAGUCAUCUCGACUUAUUCAAUGGUCGCGAACACACACAAUCGGUCACAUGAGUCAAAGAAGAUGAUGGAAUUCCUCACGUCGCGAGAAUGGGGGUUCAUUCUGCUCGACGAGGUGCAUGUCGUGCCCGCAGCCAUGUUCCGCAGGGUCGUAACGACCAUCAAGGCACACUCGAAGCUCGGACUAACAGCGACCCUGGUCCGCGAGGACGAUAAGAUCUCUGACCUCAACUACAUGAUCGGGCCGAAGCUAUAUGAGGCGAACUGGAUGGACCUCGCCGCCAAAGGGCAUAUUGCGAACGUUCAGUGCGCGGAGGUGUGGUGUCCUAUGACGCCGGAAUUCUACCGCGAAUACCUGCGCGAGCAGUCGCGCAAACGCAUGCUGUUGUAUUGUAUGAAUCCGCGAAAGUUCCAGGCGUGCCAGUUCCUCAUAAAAUACCACGAGGACCGCGGCGAUAAGAUUAUUGUCUUCUCUGAUAAUGUCUAUGCGCUGGAGGCAUAUGCCAAGAAACUCGGGAAGCUGUAUAUCCACGGCGGCACCGGGCAGGUGGAGCGCAUGAGAAUUCUGCAAUGGUUCCAGCAUAGCCCGGACGUCAACACCAUCUUCUUAUCCAAAGUUGGCGACACGUCCAUCGACUUACCGGAAGCCACAUGCCUCAUUCAGAUAUCUUCCCACUUCGGGUCCAGACGGCAAGAGGCACAGCGGCUGGGACGCAUCCUCCGCGCUAAGCGGAGAAACGAUGAGGGCUUCAACGCGUUCUUCUAUUCUCUCGUCUCCAAGGAUACCCAGGAGAUGUUCUAUAGUACGAAGCGCCAGCAGUUCCUCAUCGAUCAGGGUUAUGCGUUCAAGGUGAUCACCCAUCUCGACGGACUGGACAACCUUCCGGACCUGGUCUACAAGUCGCGCGACGAACAGAUUGAGCUGCUCUCUUCAGUGCUGCUCGCGAACGAGAGCGAGGCUGAUCUCGGAUCGGACGUGCGUGCAGGCGAGGGAGACCUGGCGGGGACGAUCACGUCGAAGGACUUUGGGCUGCCGACCAAGUUCCCGGGAGUGCAGCGGACGGCGGGCUCGCUCACGGCGCUCAGCGGCGGACAGCACAUGUCGUACGUCGAGCAGAACAAGUCGGCAAACAAGAAGCUCGCGCGGGAGGCGCCGUCCCGGCACAAGCUGUUUGCGAAGCGGGACAAGGAGCUUGCGGCAGCACGCAAAGAGGCGAGGGCACUCGCGAAGGCACAGGGUGCAUAGGGAUGAGACGCUGCGUUUGCACGCUGCUGAUGGGCUCCCCAUUUGGGGUAGCGUCGGCUGAGGGACCACGUUUACGAGGACUGUUACCGUAUAUCAUUUGUAUAAUUUGCACAUUUACGGCUGGCGUCAUGCAUAGAGAUCAUUACAAAUUCCAGCAGGAUAUGAUGACCGACAUCGUAUGAUCGGGGCGAGUGUGAAGGGUGCUCUUUUCGCUAAAGGGUUUGCAGCCGUGCUGGCGAGACAUGCAGGGACGACGAGAAGAGCUAGAGCUUCAUAAAAGUGAGGGCAGGUGGACACGCCCGUAAAGGGGAGCGGGAGCGGAGAGUGAUCGA